UAAGUCUCGGCCCAAAUACUGAACAUACCGUUAAUUAAUUAAAAUUCCGAGAUUGACAUACGUAUACACAUAAAUACGGGGAUACAUACGUAUGUCGAAGAAGUUCAACAGCGAGUGGUGUGAUUGGCUAGUACUGGAUUUUGUGGGCCCACAAAGCAAUUUCUUGCCACUCCAAACAUUUGUCCACUGUCUUCUCGUCAUGUCCACAAACCCUCUCUCUCUCUCUUUCUUGCAUCACAGAUUUUCACGCACAACACACACUGAGACUGAGAGUGACAACAGUCAGGAAGAAAGAGGGGAGAAUGGUGGGGGCGAAGUGUUUGGAGGAAAACUGACUAAAAUAAGAAAAAGGCAAUGCGAUGAGUGGUAUGUCUAAGAGUCCAUGGCCGCUCAUACUGCUGUGUUUUCACCUUCUUACGUCCGUAAUUGCAGAGUCAAGCAUUCACCCCCUGCUCUGCUAUUCACUCGCGCUUCCAGUGAUCGAACACCUUCUUACAAUUCCCUUGUUUUCCAGGCUGCACGACUUUUGGGUCCUCCGGCAAGAUUUGAAGCUUCAAAAUUGAAGGUCUUGUUUAUGGGAGAAGAAGUCAUCACGCCAACAAGAAUCGUCCCACGAACAUACACCCUCUCUCACUGUGACUUCACUGCUAAUUUAACUCUAACCAUUUCUAACCUUGUUCACCCGGAUCAGUUGAAAGGGUGGAAUAGUAAAGACGACGUUGUUGCUGAAUGGACAGAUGUGAACGGGGAUCUUUUCCUAAAUGUUCACUGUUACGUGAGCGGACCAAAUUCUUUGUUGGACAUGGCUGCAGAAUUCAGAUACCAUAUAUUCUCAAAGGAACUGCCGUUGGUUCUUGAGGCUGUGCUGCAUGGAGAUUCAGAUCUUUUCAGAGAGCAUAAACAACUAAUGGAUGCUUUAGUGCGUGUGUAUUUUCAUUCUAGCUCCAACAAGAUGGAGUGUUGGGGACCGUUGAAGGAUGCUGCUCUGGGAAGAGUAAAUAAGAUAAAUGGAUGUUCAUUUGCAAGCAAGCAAAGUGCUCAUACUUUCAAAUUCUGGGGAAGUCCAAAAUCAAUAUUCCAAGCACUAUAUGCCUUCCUGCUAUGAUUUUACGAGUACAUAUGAGGAGAAGAAAGAAGAGGACAUGGCGCCUGCCAUGGUGCAUUUGAGUACAAGAUCAUCUGAUUGUUCAGUACGUUACUUAAGCCAAAUUGUACAUUGUCGACUACGUGUUCUUGUUAAAAGUGUUCCAAAGCCAAAUUCUGCCUUCGUGUUCUCGUGAAAAGUAUCAGGACAUCAAUAACAAGGAAUAUCAAGAAUUAUAAUGCUACGAGAAUGUUAUAUAACUAAAUCAAAUAACCCGAAAGCAAAAGACAUGAUAAAGUAGCAGUUAUACAGUCCGAAUACAAAGGAAUGGCAGAUAUAUCUAGAUGUAUUAGCUUAAGAUGCAGGAUUCUUGUCAGGAAAGCAACAACAAAUCAUAAUUAACACUCUCCGUAGAUGCAGUGUAACAAAUCACCAUUUUCCUCAAGAAGCAGGCACAGAGUAUAAUAACAGGAAACCAUAAUACUAGAAACCAUUAAGAGUCUAAUUACAACAGGGAAUUAGAAUAAAAGAACAGCAAAAAGCAUACAAAAGCAAUGGCCUAAGCCAGCAUCAGAAGAGAAAUACAAUAGAUAAUGUCAAACAAACUAUGA